AUGGACUAUAUCAUAAACCGUUUUCGCAAGGAAGACCCAACAAAGACCUCUAAGCUGUCGUUAGUUGUGAAGCGUGAUCUACGCAGUAUCAUAAAGAAACAUGAUGACGACCUUACUUCUUUGCAACUGCGCUUUGGCGAGCGUAAUCCAGACGUUGGAAUCAGGUGCUUGCAGCUACCCGAAGAUCCCAGUGGAAUGGGUAUCUGUGGACUAGUCACCCUGAUGGUAUCAGAUGAGAAGGAUCGCGGUCUCCCAGGAGGGUCAGCACAAGUAGUUAUGAACCUUUCUUCCCAGUGGAACAAUGACAAAAGCAGAUGUCCAGAGGUUGUUCAUGGAAGUGAGGAGUUUAUUGCCCAAUUUUUCCCUACGACCAUGAUGACAGAUGAGGCCCGUGUUUUUACAAUGGAUUCUGUGCUGUUCUCCCGGAAGCGCGUUCCAUAUAUGGCAAACGUGGGAAAGGAAAACAAUAGAGCUUGUGAAGGCAUCAUUGCGCUCGAAGGUCAACAGCGCACUCCAACUCUUGCUAAAAGAGGUCAACUGGGCGAGUUCGAGAGGCGUUCCGUAGAAAUACUUAUGUAUGUCCGCGAAAAAAAUCAAGGGCUCCUGGCUACUUAUCUUGAGAGGAACUACCUUGGUACUAGUUUUUACUAUAUGGUGGAUACUUGA